AUGGAUAUCUCUGAACAAGAACUCGCUUUUGGUGAAGAUCAUGCCGAGGAAGAAGCUGUGCAUUUUAGAAAAGUGCUCAACACUUUCGCGCUUUAUAAAUCUUACGCGUUAUCUUCAAAUAAUCGUCGUCGAACAGAUUAUCAUUCACUUCCAGAACGACAUAAAGCUUUAUUACCUGAUUACUUAGAGAAAUUGAAUAGAGUAGACCAAUCAAUUGUAAAAAAUUAUAAAGUGGUGAAAAAAAUUCUAACAGAUGGCCGAUUAUUUGAGAAGAAUGAAUAUUCGACGAAUGUAGAGAUUGAUGAAGCAUCAGCAACUGAUGAUGAUAAUGAAAUGUCUUCAGCUUCGUCUUCGCAAGUUACUGAUUUUGAUAUGGACAAGUUACGAAGUACGAUCAAACAGUUUGUGAGAGAUUGGGCAGAAGAAGGAAAAGUGGAACGUGAUGCUGCGUAUUUGCCUCUAAUAAAUGAAAUCGAUGAAUUUUUUAAAGAUGUUCCUCAAGAACAAAGAUCUUCGGUGCGCAUAUUAGUCCCCGGUGCAGGGUUAGCUCGAUUGGCUUUUGAUAUUGCAAAAUUAGGCUAUAGUUGUCAAGGAAAUGAAUUUUCCUUCUACAUGUCGUCCGAAGAUCAAUUAAAGCCGGUAUUCAUUCCAGAUGUGUUACCCAGUGAUUUGCCUUCAGACGCUGAUUUUUCCAUGGUUGCUGGGGAUUUCGUCGAAGUAUAUGGAAGUGAUGAGCAAGCAGAAAAAUGGGAUUGCAUCGUGACCUGUUUUUUUAUUGACACAGCAAAGAAUAUUGUGGAAUACAUUGAAAUAUUUCAGCGUAUCUUAAAACCUGGAGGCUUGUGGAUAAAUAUCGGACCAUUAUUAUAUCAUUAUGAAAACAUGCCUGACGAAAUCUCAAUCGAAUUGAGUUUAGAACAAGUAAAGGAAGUAGUCAAAAAACUCGGGUUUGAAUUUCAGAAGGAAAAAAUGAUCACCACCACUUAUACAGCAAAUCCAAAAGGAAUGCUUCAGUAUUUAUACGAGUGUGCAUUUUGGUCUUGUAUAAAAAAGUUGCCCGGUUAA